AUGACUAUUAUACCAGCAGACCCUAAACCUAUGAGGCGAGACGCCAGUGGCGAGGUCAAGCGAGACCUUAUUUGGAACCCCCCUACCGGCCAUGAUGGCGGUAACGAAUUCAAGGCAAUACAUCCCGAAAACCACGUCUACAUUUCGUCAAUGCAAGUAUGGACGCAUAAAACUGGUCUUGGUGAUGAAGUAGUCAAAGCCAUCGAGCUCAUCUGGAGCACUGGUCAAAGCCGACGAUAUGGUCAUCCCAAAGGGGAUAGCCACAUUACAACAUUUCAGAGAUCUGAACGUAUCACAAAGAUGCGUAUUUGUUCAGGAGACUGGGUAGACUCCAUUUAUUACGAAUCCAAAACAGCUCCCACCUGGAGGGUUGGAGGAUCUGGAGGGAUACCUCACGACCAAGACACGGGGAAUGGUGUAUUUGUCGGAUUUUGGGGGAGGUCGGGGGGUGACAUUGAUAAACUUGGAAGUGUUUUCGGGGCUCCCCGUGAACAAACUCGGGACAUGCGAUAA